UGGAGUUAAACUGCACGUGGAGCGAUGUUUACCAUUAUUAUCUUACGUUUUCUUGAUUGAUCUGUGUGAUCUAGUGAUUGUUCCCGACAGAAAUUAGUUUAUUGAAUCUAUUACUUUAAAUAUUUCAAAGAUGGCUUCACCAGGUGAUUUAAUUCGUCGAAUUCUUCUUGAUCUUCAAAAGGGGAAAAGUGAAGAAUUUGAUUUAUUUGUUAACAGUUUGGUUGAUCCUAAAACUUCGUCAGGAACAGUGAAGAAUUAUUUAAAAGGAUUAAAAGAUUGUGUAACUUUAUUUAAUAAAACAAACGAAUCAUUAUUAAUAGCCAUAAUGAAAAUGAAGUGGUUGAAUCAGAGUGAAGGUGUAAUUAAAGCUUAUCAUGAUUUACUGAUUAAUUUGAUGUCAGCCAAUACACAUUAUGUUAAUGUCAGUUUAAACAUGUUAGUUAGAUAUUUCUUACCAGAUAUGAGCGAAGUAGAAUUACGAAAUGGUAGUUAUAAUGUGGAUGAUGAAACCCAGAAAAAACAUGAAGACAUGUUUAAACAUAUACAUACAGUUUUAGAGGAAACAAGUAAAAUAGUUCCAUUGACACCGGUGCUAUUAAUGCCAAUAUUAGAGAGAUGUUAUCCAUAUCAUCUGAUAGAUGUUUACAUACAGAGUUGUUACGUAACAAACUUAUUACAAAUAACACGAUAUAUACCUACAAUAAGACAACAGAUUCUUGACCUUAUUGUUAAUAAAAUUAUGAAAUUAGAUGUUUUAUCACCAAGAGAGAAAUUAGGUGAACUAGAAGAAAGCGAUGAAGAGGAAGAAUUGUUUGAAAUGGAUGAGGGAGGAAUGAAUAGUAAAGAAGAAACGAAAGAAGGAAGAAUAAAAUAUAAAGAAGCUGAUUGUUUGGAUGUUAUGAUGAAACUAUUAUUUAAAUAUAUUUAUUCUGUUUGUCAUCCCAAUGGUGAAUUUGAUUUAGAACCAAGUAAGAAGUUUUAUUGGGAAUUAGUUUCAUUAUUUGAGAAGAUUAUUCUACCUACACAUGAAUCAUGUCAUGUUCAAUUUAUCAUGUUUUAUCUCGCCAGUUUUAAACCGAUACUAGCGGAUGGGUUAUUAGAUUAUUUAUGGAAGUUUGUACGGAAUCCCAAUUCACCAAUAAUAUUUCGACAAGCAUCAGUUAGUUAUAUGGCUAGUUUAUUAGCUAGAGCUACCUUUAUACCUAUACACACUGUUAAGAUAUCUUUAGAUUUGAUGGUUGCUUGGUUACAUGAUUACCUUGACAACCUAUCAGAUGGUAAACAACCAGAUCAUUUAUUACAUGGAACAUUCUACGCUGUCAGUCAAGCCGUAUUCUAUGUCUUCUGUUUUAGAAAUACAGAAAUAUUUGAAACCUCAAAAGGUUAUAAAUGGGCAGAGGCUUUAAAUUUCCAGAGAAUUGUAACAAGUCGAUUAAAUCCAUUACGUUAUUGUUUAUCUAUAGUUGUUACAACUUUCUCAUCAUAUACUAGACGUUAUCAGUUAGCUUUCUGUGAUACAGUUAUAGAGAGGAAUAAUCGCAGUAUUAUACCUGUUGUUAAUAGUACAACCGGUCAAACAGAAGAUGACUUCUCACUUAAAUUAGCAUCAUUCUUUCCAUUUGAUCCGUACUUAUUAUCCAGAUCUAGUAAAUAUAUAUGUGAUAUAUAUAGAGUAUAUCAAGGAGAAUUACAGGAAGUUGAUAAUGAUACUGAGGAUGAAGAUGAUUUUUUACCGGAUGAUCAACAACCAGUCGAUAUGGUGAUUACCCCGUCAAGUUUCACACUCAGCAAACAUAUGUUAUCAGAAGAUUUGAUGAAAUAUGCAACAUCACCUGGUUUUAAAACAAACUGAAAAAAAAACACCUGAGAUAUAUAUAUAUAUAUAUAUAUAUACCUUGUGUGACAAGGAGUAAGGUCACCUGUCCAACCUUGUGGGUUUUCUCCGGGUGCUCCGGUUUGCUCCCACUGCUAAAGACCCGUACUCAGUAAACAUAUGUUGUCAUAAGAUUUGAAGAAAUACGCAACGUCACCUGGUUUUAAAACAAACUGAAUAAAACACCUGAUAAAUAUAGUGUCACCUGUCUAACCUCAUGGGUUUUCUCCGGGUCCUCCGGUUUUCUCCCACUGCUAAAGACCCCUACUCAGUAAACAUAUGUUAUCAGAAGAUCUGAUGAAA